CAGAGAAACUUGUAAAUAUUUAAGAAAAUUGUCUCGGAUCUUUCCCUUCUCUCUGCAACUUCUAUUUCCAUAAUAGCACUCCCAGAUUUCGCAAGAAAAUUGUCUCAUACCCAUUUCUAUUGCUCAAAUCGUGAUUUUGUACAACAAGGUAAAAAUCAUCACAACAAUUUUGUACAUAUUUCACUAGAUUUCUGCUAGGAAAAUUUGAUGCAGUUUCCCCUAUUCCCAAACAAGCCUCAAACUUAUGCAGGAAAGUUUAAAUUGAAUAGAGAUGGCGGUGUCGAUUUUGCUUUUGGAGGGAUUUAUAGAAAUGCUCGGUGCAAGUGAAUUUUGGUAUAUUCAGAUUUGAUCCAUCUACAAAACAACAUGGCAUCUACCCAAAAUGCUGAAAGAUGCAAAAAAGAAAAAAGAAAUUGGGCUCUUGGUGGAGCAAGUAGUGAAGAUGGGAGUAGCAAAUGCGGUGAAGAAUAUCAGAUGUGGAAGUCUAAUAUUGCUGUGCUGUAUGAUUGGUUCACUAAUCAUAGCAGUGAAUGGCCUCUUCCUUCUUGCCGGUGGGGUCCAAUAAUUAGGCAGGGUUCUCUGAAAAACCGCCAGCGACUCUACCUUUCUGAACAGACGGAUAAGUCAGUGCCUAAUACUUUGAUCAUCGCCAAUUGUGAUGUGGUUAAGCCCAGGGUUGCAGCGGAAAAUCACAUUGCAAAAUUCAAUGAAGAAGCACGCUCGCCAUUUCUGAAGAAGUACAAAACCAUGAUACAUCCGGGAGAGGCUAACAGAAUUAGAGAACUCCCACAGAACAAAAACAUAGUGGCAACCCAUACUGAUUGUCCUGAAGUUCUCAUUUGGGACAUCGAAGCUCAGCCUAACAAGCAUGCUGUCCCAGGUGCUGCUGCUUCACGUCCGGAUCUGGUAUUGAGUGGACAUCAAGACAAUGCAGAAUUUGCUCUGGCUCUGAGCCCCAUGGAACCCUUUGUCCUCUCUGGAGGAAAGGACAAAACUGUGGUCUUGUGGAGCAUUCAAGAUCACAUUUCAACAUUGGCAGCAGAUGCACCCAAGUCUGCAGGAUCAGCUGGCUCUAUAAUUAAGUCUGCUGAUAAUCCUUCGAUUGGACCACGUGGUAUCUUCCAGGGCCAUGAUGAUACUGUAGAAGAUGUUCAGUUUUGCCCUUCAAGUUCACAGGAAUUUUGUAGUGUUGGUGAUGAUUCGUGCCUCAUACUAUGGGAUGCUCGAGUUGGUAACAAUCCUGUUGUAAAGGUUGAGAAAGCGCAUGAUGCUGAUCUUCAUUGCGUCGACUGGAAUCCUCACAAUGACAAUCUUAUCAUAACCGGGUCCGCUGAUAAUUCGGUUCGCUUGUUUGACCGGCGAAAUUUAACUUCGGAUGGGGUCGGAUCGCCAUUACAUAUGUUUGAACAUCACACAGCCGCAGUUCUCUGUGUUCAGUGGUGUCCGGAUAGGUCUUCUGUGUUUGGGAGCUCUUCAGAGGAUGGUCUCUUAAAUAUUUGGGACUAUGAGAAGGUUGCUGAAACAAAAGAUACUGAAGAUGAUCCUCCUCCAGGCUUAUUUUUUCAGCAUGCUGGCCACAGGGAUAAAAUUGUGGACUUUCACUGGAAUGCAUUGGAUCCAUGGACUAUUGUUAGUGUAUCUGAUGACUUGGAGACCAAUGGUGGAGGCGGCACACUACAGAUAUGGCGCAUGACUGAUUUGGUGUACCGGACAGAGAAGGAAGUUUUGUCUGAGAUGCAACAUUUCAAGGACCAUGUGAGCAAGUGUGCUCCAAAGUCCAAAGUCUGAGUCAUUUUAGCGCAAUGGCGCUCUGAAGAAAUAUAAUAGUAGGCACUAGAGUACACCAUAUAUGAGUGUCAGUAUCUGUACACUAUUGAUAUUUGCAUGUAGGAGCUAUGCUUGAAAAUGGUAAUUGUAUGCUAGUAGACGGUAAGCUGUAAGUAACCGAGACUGUAGAGCAUGAUGUGUUGAUGUUGUUUGUACUGGA